GUGGGCCGAACCCGGUUGAAACGCAGUGGAAUGGCCUCGGCACUGGGCACCGGCACCACUGCGGUCGUAGCUUUGCUCUGCCGAACGUCUUUGCGCCUCUACGUGGCAAACUGCGGCGACUCAAGAGCAGUCUUGGUCUCCGGUGCGGGCGCUGUGGCCCUGCUCGACGGCUGUCGACCAGAUGCGUUGCUGGCAGCAGAUGCGCCCAAUGUACGUGCGCUGCUUCGGAAUGCGAAG